AUGCCUCCCCUCCCUCUUGACGAGCGCAUAGUGGUCAUUCAGCGCCCUAAAAACUUAGCCCUGUGCGAGAGUUCCCCACAAACCAUCCCGCAGCAUUCCUCUCAAAUAUCAGCCUCUUCUAAUGGACGAGUCGCCCACCCUACUCAUCUCCACCCUUCACAGUCACAUUUCUAUUCACCAGCCUGUAAAUCUCUGACUCUGGAAUGCAAACGCAGAUCUUCCAGUGUGCAGAAAUCCAAGAACGACCAGCCUGUUCUACCAGUGGGGGUGAGACACAUCCCUAGCCACUGCCAUAGCAAUGGCACAGUAACACUCAGCCCACGGCUUCCCUCCCACACACAUACUAUUGAUAUCAGGGUGACUGUGGACAAAAGAGGACGAGGAGGAGGAAUCAGCAACUCGUUAGGCCGCAGCGGUAGUGUAAAAGGUGGCAGAGGGAAAUGUGUUUCUUCACAGUUGGAUCAAGGACAAUGUGAGCGAAAAAGUGGAACCACAGAGAGGCCAGGUGGAGCCGAAAACAAGACACAGCGAGGUCGCCAUAGUCAGCUGUCAACUUCCCCUGGAGGGGUCCUACAGUUCGUCCCCGCUCAGACGCAGCAGUAUAAGUUCAGGAGUGAAAAGGAGAAGGAAAACGAUCGGUUUCCUCAAAGAAGUGACCAACAAUUUCCUUCUCUAGGUCACAAGAAAAAUUCCAAACUGGGAUCUGUUCAACAAAGCCAUAAUAGUCAUAGUCAACCCUACCACCAAAACUCUGUCCCUGUGCCCCAUGCUGCCAUCCUAAACUCCAACUAUCCCACAUCCCCUCCCUCCCAACCCACCAAUGUCCCAAUAUUGUUUCAGCAACUCAGGCAGCCCCACCUAUCCCGCUCCAAGGAUCACCGUCCCCACAUUCUUCAUGGUCUGCCCCUCUCCCCGUGCUCCUCCCAUGCCGGAGGGUUUCCCAGCCCAGACCACACCUGCACCAUUGACUGCACCCACCCAUUCAGUUGCGGCUGCUGGAGGUUGGUAAGAUGCAGAGGGUGUAAGGCAAACUCUGCUAACUGCCAAGGAGGGGGAGGAAGCUCUUCCACCUCAUUUUCCUGUGCUCACAAUGUUGGAGCAGUGAAGAGAGGAGGCAAAGACAUGGGUCUGAGAAAUCUGGGUGGGUGUCUCUCCACUGCCUCGACCUCCAACACCUCCUCUUCAAACAGCACUGUGUCGGACUGCCGAGCGAGCCUGUUCAAACCUCUUCGCUGUGCCUCCUGCUCUGGUGAGGCCAGAAACUUUGAGAGUCCUGCUAUCCUUCGCAAAAAACUGGUAGGGGGAUGCCUGCCAUGCACCCCUCUGUCCUCCUCAGCCCCGCUGCGGGCAAUACAGAGCUGUGUCACGGGUUGCAACCCCAAAGCCUCUCAAACAGGUAGUUCCACCUGCAGUUACUGCAGCAGCGACCCCAUAGUGGUUACAUUCAACCCUCGUCGAGGAAAACCCCCGGGAAGAGGCGUCGGUGCGGCUCAUCCGAUGGGUAUGUUCCAAGCCGAUGAUGAUGACUAUAGCGUGCGUACUAUCUGGCCUGAAGAACUGGCCAAGAAGAUGACCCAUUCUAAAGCCCAAAAGAAUCAAUAUGCUGGAAUGGGAGCAGGAGCAGCGAAGACCUGUGCAAGUCAGGCCCAAAAUGGCAGCAAUGGAACGGGCCUUGUCCUCUUGGACUGUCAAAACCUCCAAGAAUAUGGGCAGUCUCAGCACACAGACCACGCUGGCCGUCGGCGGCUUCAGCAGGGACGAAUGGCUGCCCUUGAUUUUAUGGGCCGCAGGUCAGGAUCUGGCUAUGACGAAGGCUGGAACUCACUGCAGAGACUUUUGAAUAAAGCAGAAGAUGGUGGAAUGGACAAUGGUCUGGAGCAAGAGGGAGAUGCAGCAUAUCCUCGUUCCCCUUCUCCCCGCUCUGUCUCCCCGCCUUCUCCUGUGUCCUUUUCGCCUCCAACGUCUGUCCCGAACACACUCAUCAAACCACAACCCUGGCAGAGAGACAGGGAGGGAGGACACUCUCUGCCGACAGCUCAGUCCCUUCACCUAGCCCUGAACUCCCUGAACAGAGACCAAGAUGAGGAAAAUAGCAGAAUGCGCCUUUCUCUGCCACUCUCUUCGUCUUUGCCGGCAUGUCUGUCCGAUGAGAGUCUGAUGACUCCUGACGCGGAGAACGCUGUGGUCAGUGCCAUCCUGCCCUUCCUGUUUCUGGGGAACGAGAGAGACGCUCAAGACCUGGACCUGCUGGCGCGGCUCAACAUCGGCUACGUGGUGAACGUGACCACACACCUUCCCCUCUACCACGUCAACUCUGGACUGCGCUACAAAAGGCUGCCAGCCACCGACAACAGCAAGCAAAACCUUCGACAGUACUUUGAGGAGGUUUUUGAAUUCAUUGAGGAGGCAUAUCAGAGUGGAAAGGGAGUGUUGGUGCACUGCCAGGCCGGCGUCUCUCGUUCUGCAACCAUUGUCAUUGCCUACCUUAUGAAGCACACCCUCAUGACAAUGACAGAUGCCUACAAAUAUGUGCGGAGCCGUCGCCCCGUGGUGUCCCCGAAUCUGAACUUCAUGGGCCAGCUGUUGGAGUUCGAGAGGGACCUCAACUCUGGGGUGACCCCUCGCAUCCUGAUGCCUAAACUGAGCGGUGUGGAGACGCAGUGUCUAGAGACUAAACUGCCAGAUUUUAUUAGAUGUGAAUCUGUGUUUGUGUCUGAAGCUAAAAAAGCAGAAGAAAUCGGUAGAGAGGACUGAGCUGUUUCUCCAGGAGGCCCCACUGUGCCACAGAUGAAAGGAGACACCCCAGUGAACAGCAGCAUGAGCGUCGGCCAAGCCAGGAAACUGGUGGAGCAACUGAAGAUUGAGGCUAGUUUCUGCAGGAUAAAGGUGUCAAAGGCCGCAGCCGAUCUGAUGGCGUACUGCGACGCACACGCCUGCGAGGACCCACUGAUCACCCCUGUGCCCACCUCAGAGAACCCCUACAGGGAGAAGAAGUUCUUCUGUGCUCUGCUUUGAGACAAAUCAGGGAUUGUUGUGAUUUAAAAAAAAAGUGCAACUGUACAGUAUGUACAGUGUGUACACGUACUUCCAUUUGAAAUAAGACAUCGAUGUACUAUAGUAACCUUGCAUAAAAGCUGCCGAUGUACAGUACAUUAUCAACUACAUGUCUUGAAGUGAAUUCUUUAACUAACAUUAGACUGAAAGAACAAAAAUAACAGAGAUUUAACACGUUGAAUCAAUAAAGAGAGAGUUACCUCUAUUUAAAAGAACUCAAAACAAGACCAGAAGUGAAAAGAACGGACAUUUUACAUGCAAACAUCACCUGGUUGAAAACAUGGACAUCUCAUGCUCAGUCACAGCACAGGAAACUGCCACACAGGACAACAGAGGCUCCGCACACACACUCAUUCAUAUGGAUUCUGCAGCUUUUGAAACAUUCGUCUGAGGCGUUCAAUUCCCACAAUCAGCCUAUUAUGGGCAAUGGUGGUGCUAUGUGUCUCAGAUGUUGCCCUGGUUGGUCAGGACUGACAGUUCUGCCCCAUGUAAACGGUGCGUACAUCUGGCAACUAAGAAAAAGAUGUCCCAUUAAUAACGGUUAUUGUUUGGUGUGACCACAACCAUUUUCUGUCAGAAUGGAACUGUUGUUUUACACAAAGAAACCCUGAUACUGAAUGUUCUUCCAUCAAUAUUUAGAUUGUCCUUCAGAGCUGCAUCCCAUCCCAUGUUAAUAUAUUUUGUAUUCUCCCAUCCUCUUUAUGGCAGUUACUUGUUAUCUACCAAGGACAACUAGUUACAUGUGGAUUAUUAUGAUUAUAAUCAAAUCAUGUCAUGGUUUUAUUAAGAUUUUAGCAUUGUGCUCAUUUCUAUACUGUUGCUAAGGUGUGAAUGUGUUUGUGUGUGUUUGUGUGCGAAUAGGUGCUACUGUAAAACCUAAAACAAUUCUUUGCAUCUGAUCCAUGAUUUCAAUGUUUUAUAGUUCCAACAGCAACCUGACCCAAGUUUAUAUAUAAAUAUAUAUAUAUAUAUAUAUAAAAUAUCACACAUUCCAGGGAUUGUGAUAAUUUAAUAUACAAUCUAAGCCAUUGAAGCAGAAUUAGCUAAUGCGUUAGUCAGAUCAACAUUAAAAAGAAUCGUACAGCAGUUAUUAUGUACUUGUCAUCAUUUGAUCAUGUCUGAGAGUGAACAACUAUAAUGUCUCUGCACAUUCAUGUGAAAUGAGGGCUAAAGAGAGUGAACUGGGAAUUAACAUUUUAAUUAGAGGUUUCACUUUCUCCAUCUAUAGAACAUGCCAUUGUUUUGUUCUGUUCAUUCAGAUUCACUCAAGAGGAAACUGCUCCUCUUCAAUCUAGCAUUGUAGCCAUGAUGAAACUUUAUGGGGCAACCUGCUCUGGUCAAAUGUAUUUUUAAAAAGUCUUGCAAAGAUCAAAUUUGGAGCUUUGGUGAAAAAGUAACAAUGGA